AUGGCGGCUUCCAGCCGGAGGAGUCUGGCUUGCAGCUUCUACCGCAUCGCCCGGCGCUUCAACUCCUCUCUUGCCCACCUCGCUUCCUCCGAUAGAGAUGGGAAUGAAGAUCACCAUCCCCAGCCUCCCCCUUUUGAGGCUACCUCGCCUUCGUUGUUCUCCUCCCACGCUUCCCGUCACUUCUUCUCCGCUCAACGGUCUCUUGCUGGUUACCCCGGUGACUUUGGUGUCCUCUCCCGGGAUCGGAGGGGUAUCGGCUUCUCCCUUUAUCCAGGGCUCCAAUCGUCAGUCUGCAGGUACUACUCUUCCGGUCCCGGUGGAUCCGGUGAUGUCGAGUACAUGAAGGACAUCGCCACCGUACUGACGGACAAGAGCGUUGAUGUGGCUACCGGCGCCGUAGCACAAGUCGCUCCUGUGGCCAGCGAAGUAGCGUUAGCUGCAGCUGAUUCUGCUAUUCCUGUCGCAGCUCUCCAGCACUUGAUAGAUGCCGUCCAUUCGUUCACUGGUCUGAAUUGGUCAGUGGGUUUUCGACUUAUUGAUCCUGCGUACAUAUUACUGCAAUUUACGUCGGCGUUCUACUCAUCCGACAAUACAUCCGAUGAAUGGCCUGUUUAAACCAGGUGGGCUGCCAUUGUCCUGACGACUGUUUUGAUUCGGACAGCCACUGUCCCGUUGCUGAUAAAUGGAAUGAAAGCUUCAACUAAGCUGAGUGUAUGCUUCUACCUCUCUCUCCUAAGGAUAUUUUUAAUAGAUCUCUCGAUAAAAAAUAUAUGUAUCAUGAAAGAUCUUUCUAGGUUCGAAUCGGUAUCACUCUGUGAUUUUUUAAUAGAAACAGUGCACGUAGAAGAAUGAUGUAGGUACUAGUAAACCUACCAUUAUUACAUGAUCCCAUUGGUGUAGCCCAUGGAAUUGGGUGGGAGCUUUGGCAAUGGGAUCAGUCUUAUGUUUUCUCUCUCAAUGUCCUCCCCUGAAUUUUCUGAUAAUUCACGAUUUCUAGUACAGAUGUUUAAAAAAAGGUUUAUUUUAUUCUUUCAAAGAUAUGUAGUUAGUACAGAGUCUAUACAGGCGGCUAGACCUCUGUGGAAACAUUGUGCUCAGAAAUACACAACUGUUGAUUGCCAGGUCGUAUGUAUGCCGAACAAUCUGUUCCUUCUGUUCUAUAAGGCUCAUCUUGCCAUCAUGAGCACGCUCAAGAAUGGUCAUGAAAAAUUUUCUUGGGUCUUGAGCCCUUUUUGAGAGACGCAAACGUAAUUGAGGCCUCUAAUGACAGUGUUUAAAUGUUCAUAUAUCAGUGAAUAUUGCAGAAAGUUUAUGUGACAAAGUUAAAUUUAAUUUAAAAUUGAUUUUCAGUUUUAUUGAAAGAAAUAGGAAAAUGGCUUCAAACAUUAUGCGAGAAAGGUUGCGAGAAUGUCACUGCGUUUUUUUUGUUUUAUUAUGCAGAGAUAAGGUGACGGCCUUAUAAUAAGCACUGCGUCAAGUUCUCUUCUUGUAUAGUUAUUAUAUAACCAAAUGAGGAAGUUUUUGUCUGUCUUUCUUGGAAUAUUAAGGUUGGGUGCAUAUACAAGAUGUAGCUGUGACACUAGAAAUCUCAUUGAUGUCAUAUGUCUACGCUUGACUGUAUACCCAUCAUUUUUCACAAUAUCAUGGUUCCAAGUGCUACUAAUGGCCCAAACCUCCAGAUAAAUACAUCCUUCAAACUGUGGGAUAAUUUCACUUCCUUAAAAGGAAUGCUAGGACUACCCCUGGAUAUCGGUGCUGAACACAAUCCAGUUAUUUAGACACAGGCCUCUGAAAUUUUAAGCAGUCCCACAGUUGGUCCUUAACCGUUUUCAUAUAUGCAUCUGUAUUUAGACUAUACACAUUCCAGUUAUUUAGAAGUGGGCCUCUUGAUGACAACUAUUUUCAUUGAGAUUUCUCAGAUCUUUGCAAGUAAUGAAGAAAACAACCGCAGAUUCCGUAAUAACUUAAAAAUUAUGGAUUUCUAGGAGUAUCUAAACAAUAUGAUUAAAAUAAUGGACGGUGUAUGUCUUUUUCUCAAUUUUAUGCAUUAUUUUUCACAAACAUCAAUGCAUUGGCUAUCAAAGUUCAAUUAGAUCAAAGCUAUAUUUUUCAGUAAUUUAUCCCGUAUUUGUAUUAUAAUUUCCUGACAAAAGACCAUAGACAAUUACAUUUACCAUGCCUAUGCUAUUCAGAAUUCUAUGGUCAUUGGAUCAUGGUUACUUUGCCAUGCAAAUUUAAUAUAUUUUUCUAUUAUUUUAAGCACGAAUUCUAUGGUCAUUGGAUCAUGGUUACAUUGGAUCAUGCUAUUCAGAAUUCUAUGCGUCGUUUUUGGUGUUAAAAGUAUCCUUAUUUUUUUAAUUCACUUCGACUUCUUUUUAAAUGUUAAAGAUAGUCCCUCAUUUGUAAUCAUCCCUGUUCUCUUCUUUUUCAUGUACAGUUAAUGAGACCACACCUGGAGGAGAUCAAGGAGAAAAUGCAAAACGUAAUUUUUUUUCUGGGCUAGAGUCGAAUAUUACGAAUUCGAGCCAUAACAUAUUUUGGAAACGGGGGCAACCAUUUUCAACCUCAUUGUUGCCCGGUUUUUAUCCUUUCAAUCAUUUAGAUCAACAAAAACUCUACAUCAUCUUAUGCAAGCUAUACAUUUCUUUGUUCCUAACAUAUGCAUCUUUCUAAAUUUUUAUGCUUUUCCAGAGUACUGAUCCACAAGCUAUUCAAGAGAGUCAGAAACGAAUGAAAGAACUGUUUAAACAGUAAGUUUUAUUUAGUUGCCAUUACAGAUUCAUUUUGCUGUGUUCUGGGGUUACAUCAAAACUAGAACAUGAUGUUGCUGUUUAAUACCAUAUAUUCUAAGAAGUAGAAAAAAACGAUCACGAGGCUGUAUAAACUCUUACUGCAGAUAAUCCUUCUUCACAAUGAUUCGGAAAUGGGUUGGAGUCCCUGCAUCAUGUGUUCCAAUUUGAGCAGAAAUUUCUCAGAUGGUAUUAAUACUGUUAAAUCUGAUACCUUAAUAUUUAUAGAAAUCUUAUUAAUACUGUUCCAAUAAGUCUCCAGUUACAUUCAGGCUAGAUUGAUGAGGAGAGACUGGUGAACAAAAGACAGUAAAAAAAAAAAAACUUGAACCCUAUGGCUGACAUUUGUAACCUGAUAUAUCCUUCCAAGCGUGCUAAAACCCUGACUCUGGUCUUAUCCUGGUAUGCCCAUUCAUAAUCUGUUCGGGAUUGCUGUCUGGGCCAUCAGGAAAUUGCAGUGCCAUUUCUUCACUCGUCAAGCCCUCAUGUUUAAGUACCCAUUUUCAGAUGCCUCUGCUUGCUGUGUAGUAUUUUUUGAACGUUUUAUUUUAUGAUGGAUAUCUUUUUCUUACAAAUGUAAAGUAAGGUUAUACUAGUAUACUUUCAAGAAAGGUAAUAAAAAUAGUAUUUUGUUGGAUUAGCAUGUUUUCUUUAUUUUUUUGAAUAGUUUAAAAAAUUUGAGAAACCACCUCUGAAAACGCUUUUAGGUUUCAGAAGGCUUUUGUUGUAUGCUUUGAGAGGCUCAUAUGUGAUAAAAUGGGUGACUGCAGUGUUUUCAUUUUCCAAUGUCAACUGAGAACCUUGUCCACCCUUGUAAGCUUAAGAAAAGAGAAUGAAUAUGCCAGAUCAAAUCAGUUAUGUGGGAAAGAAAAUACCCUAGGUCUACUAAUCCCUCUCGAACUGACAGUUCUUGAUUUGAUGUUAUGUGUCGAGCUUAAGGUGUGUUUUAUCAACCCCUGUAACUUGCAGCUGAAUGAAAGGAAGAAGACUCAAAUCCCUUUUAUUGAACUAUAUCUUGGGUGUUAAAAUGUUUAUUUUUCUUUAAACUGGUUGAAAACCAAUGUUUGUCCUCCUUAUUUAACAUAUAACUACGGCUUCAUUAUUUAUAAAACAUCAUUUCAUACUUUAUAUUUUUGGGCAGAAUGGACCUCCCUUUUUCCUCUUGAUUGGACGUAAGUUCAGACAAUCCAGAUACUCAAUCUGGAUCCAAAGUGCUUCGCACAGGUGCCUGAGCUUGCUAUUGUGGCUAAGUCUUGGAUGUCUGUUCCAGUGCCAUUGGACUUAGUGUGCAGGGAACAGCAGUGACCACAGCCCAGUUCUUUUCUCUGCCAGUUACCACGCCUGUGUUAUUCGUGAUGCCUCUUUCCACUAUAUAUAUUUGAAUAAAAAAUGUUGAAGUUUCACAGACUAUCCCGCAUAGCAGCACCUCCUCUCUCUCUCUCUCUCUCUGCCUUUUUUCUGACCAAAUUGGAAAGGUUCGUCUUGUAAUUGUCUACACCCAUCAGAUGAUUUUACUUGUCUUACUCAGUUUGUUACUUAGAUUGCCAAAAAUUGCGACAAAUAAUAUAAUUUUUUUGGAAUAUUUGUCCUUCAUUCUUUUUGUUUGUUUCCUUUGUAUGCCACCUGAAACGUCAGCAUCUGUCAUUUGAGCUAUGAAUGUUUAGUAAGAAUGAAAACAUGUGUUGUUUUAAACUUUACCCAUGGAGUGUGGAAUCUUGAAAAAAAAAUUACAGUUAACUUUUGAUCUAUUGUUAUCUCACUUGUUGUCCCAUCAAAUUUAUACUGAAGGCAUGGGGUCACUCCAUUUACUCCUCUGAAGGGACUUUUUAUUCAAGGGCCUGUUUUCAUCAGCUUUUAUUUAGCUGUAAGAUUUCAAAGUCCUCUUUCCCAUAAAUUAUUUGAAUUUAAAGUGUCAUUUUAUCUGUAUUUAAGCUAAAAAGAAUGCACUCAAAAGUUCAGGCACUAAUUUAUAAUAGUUGUUUUUGCUUGUAGAUAACGAACAUGGUUGAGAAAGUUCCGUCUUUUAAAGAUGGUGGAGCUUUCUGGUUUAGUGAUUUAACUACUGCUGAUCCUCUAUAUAUGCUUCCAGUAUUGACAUCACUUACGUUCCUGGCAACUGUGGAGGUAAGCAUUGAUCUUCCAAUCAUAAAUAUGUACAUGUGAAAAGGAGAAUCUUUUAACCGUGGAAGUAACCUUGACAAACAUUUUCAAUGACAAAUUCUACCCUUUGUUCAUUUAUUUUUGCUUCUGUGGUUAUAAAUGUAGAUCAUGACUCUUGCUACAGUCAAGAUAUAACAUCUGCUUGUUAUCAAUCAUAUCAUUCCCUAGUUUUAGUUCGUCAACGUCCCCUGUCCAGCCUAUGGAAGAAAUUUCAAGUGAAACUUCGACUAUCCCUCCUUGAAUGGUUGGAGGGAGGAAAAAAUGAGGCGAACAGGGUGUAGAAUGAACAAAGAAGAAGCAAAAGUAGAAGGAGAAAUUCCAGGCUGCAGCCAUCAGAGUAUGUUUAAAAAAGGAGAUUGCUGCCACUGUUGCUGCAGCAACAAUUCAAAAAUGUGGAAGAAAAAAACUAAGAACUGUUUGUGGCCACCAACGAACUACAUUGCUCACCUCUUCUCCUAGAAAGGUAGAGGGGAGAAGUCAGUGCUUGAGAGCUAGCAAAGAUUGAAGUAUUUCAAAAAUACCAAUUUUUAAUAAUGUUGAGUCAUACACUCUUGUGCUGCGAAACUAUCCCUGAUCUAAUUUUUUAAACAAACUGGCCAUUUCCCUUAAUCAUGUGUAUUAGAGUCGGCUUAUCAAGCAUUCCUUUUGAUCCUGAUUCGACUGUGGCCACUGGGCUCAGAUAAUUCCAGGCUGAGCUGGACCUUCUCUAGAAGCCCCCCUAGCUUUUUACAAGCUAAUGAGAAAGCAGAGGGGUUGACGUUGAAGAUUAUGGGAGGUGGAGGAUGAAGAAGAGUGGAGGAAAAAUGAUAAAAGAAGAAGAAGAAUAGGAUUGAUUCAUCUUUUGUUCCUUCUGCACCCUGCUGUGAGGCACUUGUGAACCGAAUGGGAUUUACGUCUGUAUUGGAUUGGUUACUUAGAUCAGCCUUGUGCAUUGCAAUCUGGAUGGGAAUCAGACUGGGAAAUAUAAAUUAGUUGAUUCUUUGUGUCGAAAAUCUUGAUCCUUCUCUAAAAUCAGGCUCGCAGGGUUCAAUUCUGCCAGAAUUCAACUCAAUCUGAUCCGUAUUCCCCCUUGUGAAUUGGAAUUAGUUGAUUAUGCAGAGACUUUCUGAUAAAUGAGAGGGAUAUUGUAUAAGACACCAUUUAUCAACUUAAUAAAAUAAUUGUGAAUACAAUUCAAAAACAAUGUAAAAAUGCAUUUUGGUAUACUUAGCCUUUUUGGGGAUACUUCUUUCAGAUCAGUUAAUUUGUAUAUCUGAAUGAUCAAAGCUCCACAGCUCUUUGUCAUAUCACCCUGCCCUUAUCUUUCGUAUUGGUUGUAAACUUUAUAGUUAACUAUCCAUCCAUUACCUAUGUUGAGGUUGCUCGUCGCAUUUGAUUUUCGUUAUUGCAUGAUUAUCGAAUUAGUCUGUUAGUUUUGCAAUAAUUUGGUUAGGUUUUAAUCUUAACAAGGCAGAAACACUGAUAUGCUGAUUGUUUAUUAUUUAUUCAUUUAUUUGUACUCUCUGAUUUCCUCGUAUAAUUUUGUAAUUCAAUGCGUGUUUGAAUAUCUUUUAUGUCGUAGUUUAAUAUGCAAGAGGGUAUGGAAGGGAAUCCAAUGGCUAGCACCAUGAAGAACUUCUCCAGAAUUCUUGCUUUCCUUACAAUUCCGUUUACGUCAACGUUUCCAAAGGUAUUUUGCAUUUCUACUACAAUUUUUUUUUCAUCUUCUCUUCAACUCACAUCAGUAUCUAGUGAGUACAACACGAUGGAGCAUUUUAUUUUUCGUUGAACAGAUGGAUAAUCAUUAUUUAAUGAAGAAUUAUGUAUUAAUCCCUGCCAUCAAUACUGCAUCAUUAGACUAUGUUCAUAGGAUAUCCUUAGUCGUCCAAAGUUAUCGGAAGACAAUAAAUAUUCGUAAUCAUCACAUUAUAUGCAAUAUGGAAAAUACGCCAAAGUUCGUGCAUGAAAUAACAGAUUCAUGCUAAGAAACUAGCGUUCAACUCCGAAGUCCAGAUUUAUUGGAUAUUCAAUGAGAUUACGAGCAGAUGAUAUCUUUUUUUAGCUUUGAAAUCUUGUUAAAUGUUUCAUAAAGGUGCCGUGGCGAGCAGAUGAUCACCUUGUACGGUUGGUCUAAAGCUCGUUCUUAUGAUAUCCAGUAGCGAAUCAUGGAAAGGUGUCUGACUGAGCCUUCGUCAUUCUGCAGGCUAUCUUUUGCUAUUGGAUCACUUCCAACCUGUUUUCCCUCACAUACGGAAUGGGUGAGCUUCUGAACCCCCCCCCCCCCUCCCCUGCCCCCCCCUCCCUCCUCCUCACUCACUCAGGAGGAAUCCUUUCAUGGUUAUAAUCGUCGGUCUGUCUUAUAUUUUGGGCAGUCCUCAAGCGUCCGGCAGUGCGCACGUUCCUGAGUCUUCCGGAAAUCUCUGCUCCCCAGCGCGCCGCUCCUCCCCCACCCAGCUUUCCUCUCUUCGGGGGAUCCAAGCAGGCAGCAGUAGAGACUGCUGAUUCUCCGUCCUCUUCCUCUGAGGAGCGAAAGUCAUCUUCAGUCAUCAACCAGCGGAUUCGGCAGCUCGAACGAAGAGUCAAGAGUCGGAACAAAUCGAAGAAAAGGUAG